AUAGCUAUAGACCAAUAUCUAGGGUUUAUCCAUGGCCGCCGUCAAAUUUAGUAUUACAUAAGAAAACAAUAGCCCAUUUAUCUAUUCUCUUAAGUCUUACCCUACCCUACCCUCACCUCACUUUCUCUCACUAGAUGGCCAAAGUCAAACCAGUCAAACGCAACUUAGACUCCUACACCAUCAGAGGCAUCAACACAGUCGUCAAAUCUGGAGAUUAUGUGCUGUUGCGAUCACCGGAGAGCGAUACUAUUCCUUAUGUGGCUCAGAUGAAGAAGAUCCAGAUAGACAAUGAAAAUAACGUGACAGUUUGGCUAAGGUGGUAUUACCGGCCGGAGGAUUCCAUCGGAGGUCGUAAACUAUUCCAUGGUGCGAAAGAACUGUUCUUGUCCGACCACUACGACUUUCAGAAUGCUUUAACGAUUCAAGGCAAGUGUAUGGUUCAUUCUUUGAAGAAUUACACCAACUUAGAGAAAAUUGAAGCUGAGGAUUACUAUUGUCGAUAUGAAUACAAAGCUGCAACCGGUGUUUUUGUACCUAGUUGCGUUAGAGUGUAUUGUAAAUGCAAAUUGCCCGAAAACCCUGACCUUUUAAUGGUGCAGUGUGAGGAAUGCAAAAACUGGUAA